AUGAUGUGUGUCAUCGCCGCCACGCUGAGCAUUGCCGUACCUCACCACUCGCUGGCGCCGGCAUCCGUUCGUCACCGCUCGCCGGCACCGCGGCUCUCCGACCCGCCUUCCGCUCCGCUCGGCCACGUUUUUGUGCUUCACGCAGAUUUGCGAUCGCUCCUCACGGACGCCACGCUGUAUCCCACAACCGAUCCAGUCGAUAGCGGGUGGUUCCCAAACGCUCAGCGUCAGAACGACCCGCCGCCGCUCCCGCCCUUCACGUCGAGGCAGCGGGUGCACCAGCUUCCGGGCACGCCGGCUGGCGCACCUCUAGUUUUCCUCGCCAACGUCGACGGCCGCCUCGAGCCGCAGCGCGACUGCGAGCCUUUCACCGGCCGCCCGCCGCUUGACUGGUUUGUCGACGCUGCCCGCCAGUUCCUGCAGCUGGCCGCGGCUUCGGUCGGCGAGGAGGGCACGCGUGCUCGCUGCCGCCGCGCACAGCCGUUGCUGGCGCUGCCGGUGGUGGGAACGGGCAAUGGCGGCGCACGGACAGCCUCAGGGAGGAUGAUCUCUCGCCUGCUUGAGGUGCUGUACGACUUCACCGCGGCACGAAAACCGACGACGCGUCGUCGAGGGGGCGAGCCAUCCCGGCGCGCGGGUCUUACUGCCAACGACACAUUGAUCCGAUUCUUACUCUCUCUGCGGCACAAGGCGCUCCGCCGGCAGAUGGCGCCGGCGUGGGAGGACACCUUGGGCGCGCGGCUUUGCGGCGCGGCGCUCGAGCUGGCGCAGCGGGCAACAGCCGACGAGCUGACCCUAUUUAUCGGCGCGGGUGUGUCGGUGGGCGCUGGCUUGCCGGCGUGGCAGGAGCUCCUCACGUCGCUCGCCGAGCGGGACGACGUGCCGCUCGGGCCUGGGGAGGUGCUGCAGCUCAAGAGGCUGGACCUGCCCGACCAGGCAGCUCUCUUCGGGCAGGCGGCGCAGCCGAGGCGCGGACGCGCACCCGCGCUCUCCACUGGCGCCGCCGGGCCGGCGAUGAAGGCGGGCGAGGCGGCGCUGCAGCGGCCCCCGCCGCCGAGGGGCUCUCCGCGAGCGAGCCUGCCUGUCGAGGCGGUGGUGACCACAAACUACGACGAGCUCUUCGAGGCGGCUUGGCGCGGCGCCGCCUCCGACUUCAAGGUGCUGCCCUACGAGGCGGACGCGCGCUCCCGCUUCGUGCUCAAGCUGCACGGCGACUUGCGCCGGCCGCAGGAUAUCGUGCUCACGCGCGCGCAGCUGAGCGGCGCGAGAGAGCAGCGCGCCGCGCUGUCGGGGGUCGUGCAGGGCCCGCUGAUGACGAAGCACCUCUGCUCUGCUUCAGCACCUCUAGAUACCCCACAGGUCGUGCAGGGCCUGCUGAUGACGAAGCACCUCUGCUUCGUCGGCUUCUCGCUGCAGGACCCGAACUUCUCCGAGGUUGCAGAGACCGUCCGCGCCACUCUCACGGGCGACUCGAGCACCGCGUCGCGCAACCUCUUUGGUUCGCUCCUCUCGCUCCACAACCGGCCCUUCCUCGCCGAGCUGUGGCCCGACGUGCAGCAGGUCCCGAUGGACAUGGCCGAUGCCUCCGGACCCGACCGGCUCUCCAGCGCGCAGUGUGCCCGCCGGCUCGACAUUUUUCUUGACAAGGUCUCCCUCGACGCGUCGACUCCGACACGCCACCUCCUCGACCCGAACUUUUCGGGCGUCUUCGACAAGCAGCAGCGCGAGCUGCGCGAGGCGUUGCUGCUCUUCGAGGCGGAGCUCGCCAGCCGGCCCGACGCGCGCGCGGCAGCCGGCUUCGAGGCCGUCUCGGCGCUGCUGCGCGGGUUGGGCUUGCCGGCUGACUCGCCCGCACUGGCGGAACCAGACGUGCUGCAGCCGGACGAGGAAGGGGGGAAUGGCUAACUCCCGGUAUAGUAGGUAACUGUAGCAGCAGGCACACAGCGUGUGUGUUGACACCCAAUACAUCGACGACGUGUGCAAAAACA